GUGCGGGAGUGGGGCGCCUUCGAAGCCGCCGCGGAGCUCGAUUUCUUCGCCGAUGGGGCGUUGGCGAACGUUGAGAGCCCGCUCCGCGAGCUGGCGUUCAACUACGAAGUGCUCGAGGUGCUUGCUGAUGGCGCGACGCCAGGCGCCUGCGCAUUGCUGGAGCAGCCGCGGCUGUCGAGGAUGGCCCACCUGCCAGAGUUUGGGCGACUGAUGUCGCGUCCUUGUGUGACUGAGGGCUUGGCCCUGUCUAGCUACUUCAUCAAGGAGGAGUUCCAUUUCUGUCUGGUGGUGUUCGAGAAGGGGCUC